AGAAGAAGCGCGUGGUGUUCUCCUACUGUGCAGCCGCCAGCUGGCGAGGAGAACGGCGAGUCAUUAGCUGGCGGUUCUGCUGUAGUCUGCUGAAAAAGCUGUGUGGUUUGCGAUGGGGUCCAAACUCUCUGUGGAUGAUUCGGUUCGUGUCCUGAUCGUUGGAGGAGGCUUUGGUGGCAUUGCCGCUGCCAGUCAACUGAAAUCUUGGGGGGUCCCUUUUAUUCUUGUGGAUAUGAGAGAUGCUUUCCACCACAAUGUUGCUGCCCUCCGGGCCUCCAUCGACAGCGGGUUUGCACCAAAAACCUUCAUCUCCUAUUCUGUAACAUUUGGAGACAGUUUCCGGCAAGCCAAAGUGGCUAGCAUUAACUUGGAAAAACAGCACGUACUGCUGCAUGAUGGUGAAGAACUCUCCUUUUCUCAUCUUAUCCUUGCCACAGGGAGUGACGGAUCUUUCCCUGGGAAAUUUAACCGUAUUGUUGACAGGCAGUCAGCCAUUCAGACCUAUGAGGACAUGGUCAAGGAGGUUCAGGAAGCUCCUCGCUUAGUUGUUGUGGGUGGUGGUGCAGCUGGUGUCGAGAUGGCAGCAGAGAUUAAGACGGAGUAUCCCACCAAAGAGGUCACACUUAUUCAUUCAAAAAUUGCAUUGGCGGAUGUAGAACUCCUCCCUAGUGUUCGGCAGAAGGUGAAGGAGAUUCUUAUCCAGAAGGGAGUACAUAUCUUGUUGAGUGAGAGAGUUUCCAAUCUGGCUAUGCUGACUUUAAACCAAUUCAAGGAGAAUAUGACAGUGAAGACUGACAAAGGCACAGAGAUUGCUACUGACAUGGUUAUUCUCUGCACUGGAAUAAAGGUCAAUUCAUCAGCAUACUGCAGCACAUUCUCUGACAAGAUGGCAAGUGAUGGUGCUUUGAAGGUGAAUGAACACCUCCAGGUGGAAGGAUAUGAUAAUGUCUAUGCCAUUGGUGACUGUGCUCAUGUCAAGGAGCCAAAGAUGGCAUACCAUGCUGGGCUUCAUGCAAAUAUUGUGGUGACCAACAUUAUCAACAGCCUGACACAAAAACCUCUGAAAACCUACAAGCCAGGUUCACUUACCUUCCUGCUUUCAAUGGGAAAGAAUGAUGGAGUGGGUCAAAUUAAUGGCUACUAUGUGGGAUGUUUUAUAGUGACUCUCAUCAAAAGCAGGGAUCUUUUCGUCUCAAAGAGUUGGAAGGAGAUGGGACAAAGAAUGCCUUGCUAAAAUGCAAAGGAUGGGGUGCUGCUGAGAGAAAAAUGAGAGAACAAAUGGUGCCAAAAGGAGUAUAUUAUUGAAGAACAUUGAGGGGAUGAGGCCAGGGUAUUGUUUUUUUUUUAAAGGAAAUGCGCUUUGCUCUUUGGUAGGUCUCUCUUGUUUGAUUGGGCUUAGAAAGUGCAUUUUCUUAGAGGCUCUGGGAUUUAUUUUUACUAUAUAGUUCAUGGGCCAAUAUGAAUGUUGUAAAAAGCGGAAUGAUUUUUUUUAGUGAUUUAAAAGCAAGCAGCAAACCAUGAGCUAAGUAGGAAUGAUGUUCAUCCCACAUGGAGAUUGUGUUUAAUAUUUUGUGGCACAUUGGUCCUGUGUUUCCUGUUUUCUGUGUUGGCCCGAAUCUAGCUGUUCUCAAUGGAAGUGGUUUGCCAUGAUAUAAUGUAUUUGUAUAAUUAGUUCUUCCUCCAUGAGGUACCCCCAAACAUGCUGGUUUCUAUAAUGUAUGAAACCAUCCAUUCUUUUAAAGCAGUUUUAUUCUUUGUUUCUGUGAUGCCAAAAAUGUGUAUCUGUUGAUUACUUUUUAUUUUAGGGAGAAAGUUAUUACUGAAAAAGUUCUAAACCUUGCAGUAAAGGAUUACCCAUUUGUUGAUAAAAAAAGGAAUCAUGAUGAACUAUUCCCAGAAAUCAUGGGGUAGGGCACUCCAGUGAGUUCUCUUUAAUAUUUUAAGAUGCUGUAUAGGCACAGAUUGUGAUCCAACAGUGAGAAAAGGGCAUUAUAAUAAGAAUGUUCUUUGGCAACCUUGGCCAUUGUUCUGUGAAAUAUCUAAAACAAGAAUACUGCCAAACUUCCAGGUGCAAUUGCCUGAACGCACAUGUUGCAGACUUUAGCCUAAAAUGAGACAUGCAAAGCUUGUAAAAGUGCUGAGAAAUUCUUACUUGAAAGUACGUUCUCUGGAAAAUAAUUGCUCCAAUCCAGCUAAACUUGGCCACCAAAAAUAUUUGUUUAUUUGGCUCUUAUGGAUCCCUACGUUUUGUUCAAGGUGACAGAAGCUUUUGAUAAAGUUCCUCAUCAAAGGCUCCUAAGU